CUGUGCCCGGCAGUGGCACCUCCGAGCACGGCCACGACCAGCACCGCCCCGGGAGCAGCCACCCCACCGUGGGCAGGGCUGCCACAGCACCCCAUGGCCAUGGAGAUUCUUGGCCCAUGGUUCGGCAAUGGCAGCAGGGCACUGUGCCCCGUGGACGACGCCUUCGCCCAGCGCUUCUUGCCCGCUGUCUACCUGUCGGUGAUCCCCCUGGGGCUGGUGGGGAACGGGCUGGGGCUGUGGCACCUCUGCACCGGGCCCCGGCGGGGCGCCCGCCAUCCCCUUGGCUUGCUGGUAGGCAACCUGAGCCUGGCCGACCUGCUGUACGUCAGCACGCUGCCCUUCCUUGUCAGCUACUACCUGCGGGGCAGAGUCUGGCUCUUCGGACACAGCUGGUGCCGGAUCACCCGGGGCCUCUUCCACCUCAACCUCUAUGCCAGCAUCGGCUUCCUCACCUGCAUCAGCGUCCUCCGCUACCUGGGCAUCGUGCACCCGCUGAAGGCAUGGGGCAGGUACCAGGGGACAACCUCUUCGGUGUGGCUCAGCGUGAUGGUCUGGGUAUGGGUCAUUGCACAGGUAGCUCCCGAUUUUGCCUUCAGCAAGAUGGAUGAUAUGGGGACACGGUGCCACGACACGACAGGGCAUGAGAACCUGGCGGCUUACUUGCCAUACACUGCAGCCAUCACCGUGACUGGGUUCAUCAUCCCAUUCCUCAUCAUCAUUGGAUGCUACUGCCACGUUGUGGUGGUGCUCUGCAGGAAUGACACCAUGGACCUCAGUCUCAGGAGAAGAAGCAUCAGACUGGUGAUUCUCGUGAUGGUCCUCUUCUCCAUCUGCUUCCUUCCCUACCACAUCUUCAGAAACCUCAACUUGUUAUCUCGAGGCUGGCAGCUGCAAGGGUCCUGCACACAGGCUUUAAAGAACAUCUACAUUUCCUACCAGGUGACCCGGGGCCUGGCCAGCUUCAACAGCGCUCUCAACCCCCUGCUCUAUGUGAUGACCAGUGAAGACUGCAUGGCACGUAUGAGGACCAUUUGCCAAAGAGCCAGCCAGUCCCUGCAGUCUACCUCUUGUAAGGCGGAUGAGAAGAAGGUGAGCAUCAUUCUUUGUGAGGAGGAAGCUUCUGAUGAGCUCUGAGGUACCCAACACCCCCUCCAAAUGCAUUCUUUCAGUUUGCAUUUGGUCCUUUCUUGGGACCAGCCCCCCUACCUUGAUGCCUGGUUUGCAGAGGGAUGGUGACUGCAGCAUCACUGGCUCCAAUCUCACACAAGACAGGCAGGACUGCCUGCAUCAGAGAACAAACUGGGACCAGGUUUUAGAGCAAAGCUACUCAACCCAACCAUUUUGCCUACAGUAUGGCUGGAGAUGGAAA